AUGGAUCCUGUGAGAUUUAUCAAUCAAGUGGCAGCGCAAGGCGCUCAAAAUUUGCGCGCAUACGAGACGCAUAUCGCUGAAAACAUGCGCAACUCAGACAACAUGGAUGAAUUGGAGUCAAAGUUUACGUCACAAUGUGCACAAACAAAAGUCAUGAUCCAAGAAAAGGCCAAUCAAAUUGUUAAUGCUGUUAUUCCGUAUUAUCCCAACAGCUGGGACCCAAAUUAUUGGGAAAAAAGACAAUAUUACGAACAGCUAGCUGAGUAUGCCUGUGCUCAUAUCGAUCAUAUGGAUGAUCAAUUCGAUGGGACCUUUUCUCGCCUGAAAAACUUGUUUCAGCGGUUAAGCACGUGGAUCCGAAACAAAGUAACACAGGUGUACACUGCGGUAAAAGGCUUUUUUCGAGGAGCUGUGAAUCGUAUUCGUGGUUGGUUUUCAUAA